AUGUAUACAAGAGGUGCUAGUUUACUAAAUUUUUCUCUUUAUUUUCCACUAUUUUUUUACCAAAGCUGUAUUCUUGUGGUGGGUCGGUCGUGUAAAUCACAAUAUUUUUCACCAUCUCUCGGGAUUUAUUUUUUUUUGGUUUUCCUUUUCACUUUCACUUUACUACUUCUCACUUUCUCAGGUCUAUCAUUUCAUUUUCAGUUGCGUUGUGUCGUGAUUUUCUUUUUUUCUUUUACUUGUCCCAGCUGCAGGCUGGCGUGGGCAAGGAAUGUUGCGGAAGGACUGCGUAGCUGGCCAUAUAAUCACGCUGCUACGGAAAAUUGUUAUUUGUUUUCGGCGGCUCUAACUCCGAACUCUUGAACUUGAUGGGUGUUUUAGAUCAUGAUCUUUCUUCGUCUAGUAUGGCCCUCUAUUCGAGUCGAUUCUCGAUACUUCGUACCACCUUUAUUUGGCGACAGUUAGUUCCUGUUCGCGACGAGAGCAAGGUACGGAAUAUUUUUAAGAAAAUGUGCUUCUCGAUGAUAGAUACAAGCCGACCCCUUCAUCGUAUUGACGUUUCCCAACUAGAGACAAGAUUUUUGUGAUGUUUUAGCUCUAUUCUGGCUUUUGUUUUUAGUUUUACUCAACAGAUCUCGACAUUUUUUUUUACAACGAGGGCUCCUCCCGGGGCAUCAGUUUUCAUCAUCUUGAAGCGGCCCUGCGGCCGCCCUAAACUAAGUAAUAUACAAGUAGCACUUUUUCAUUUGGUGCCUUGCCUGUUUUGGUUUUCAAUUGAUGGUUUAAAUGAGAAAAAUGUUCUUCAUGACCUUUAAGAAAGCUUGGGCGUAACAAGUAUUUUCACCACAAGAAGAAACUGAAGAACGAGGCAGCUUCGUGCGAUCGAUGGGAGAUCUGCUCAUUCAAGCAUGAGUCGAUUCAUGGUCAGCAUGAACGAACGAAGCUGCUGAUCGAGGAAACUUUUUUUGACUGCCAAAACGUGAAUCCACUUCCGGUACUGUUUUUGUUUCAUAUUAUUUUUGUCGACCAAAUGUUCUUCCAUUGGACACGUACUUCUACCGUGUGGAUACAAAAUGCGGCAUCAUUUCUGUUUCAGUUGUGGCCUCUUGUUCAGUCUGUGCUACUUACGCAGC